AUGUUACUUACUGAUCUCCCUGUGGUAAGAAAUCCUAUAGGUAAAGACAUACCUGAAGACAAGUUAGUCAAGGUAUUAUUAAUCAAUCCAAAUGCUAGUGAAUCUAUGACUUUAAACGCAAUGAAAAUGGUUGAGGGGUCCUUACCAGUUGAUGCUAUAGUCUAUGGAUAUACUGGUCCCAAAGGUAUUACACCCAGUACCAUUGAAGGUCAUUUAGAUGGAGUGUUGUCGUCAGCAGCUGUGUUCAAAGAUGUUUAUCCAUUGAUGAGUCAAGUAGAUACCGCCUUGGUAGCUUGCUUCUCAGAACAUCCGCUCACUAAUUGUUUAAGAGAAGAGUUUGAUAUCCCAGUAUGUGGGAUUUUCGAAGCUGGAUGUUAUUCUGCCAGGUUAAUUGGUGGUAGAUUCGGUGUGGUUGCUACAGUUUAUAGAUCAGAAAUUAGACAUGCUGAUUCCAUUAAGAAUUUAGGAAUCGAUAAAUUCUGUGUCGGGGUUUUAUCAACAGGUUUAAAAGUGUCUGAGUUGGAGACAAAACCUCGAAAUGAGGUUUUGGGGAAAAUGGAAAAUAUUGCCCAGGAAUUAGUUGGUAGAGGAGCCGAUGCUUUGAUCUUAGGAUGUUGCGGAAUGUCAGAUAUGAAAAAUGCCGUAGAAUCAUCAGUAAAAGAUAAAAAAGUCAUGGUAAUCGAUGGAGUUGUGGCCGGAGUUAAUUUAUUAUGCGGGUUGGUGAGAAGUGGAUUAAAAACUUCUAAAAGAGGAUUAUUCGCAAGCUCUAAAGAUGCAAGAGUUUCCCGGGGUCAAGAAUAUCUUUGA